AUGGACAUCAUAAAUCCAUCCUGUCGCUCACUAGACCCACGUAAAAGCUAUCCUUUUCAGACACGCCACAUUUACCCUUUGCCGCUAUCUCUUCUUUAUAUCCCUUCCUUUUUCAAAGACUUUUUUCUCUUUCAGUACAACUUAUGUUUUCAUCAUUUUCAACGUUUUCUAUUUCAAUCUUUUUCUCCUUUCCUUUCUUUCAAUUUUUCUUUCUAUUUCAUUUUAACUCCGUUCCUAUCAUCUGAAUUAUUUUCAUUACGCCUUAUUUUUUCUCUUUUUUUUCUCUUUCUUUUCUCAAACAAAACACUUCGUCCUCAUUAUCCCACCAUCUCAUCAACUCCUACUAUCACUACUAACGCCACCAUUAUUGUUUCCUCACCAAGACGAAGUCAGACAUUUUUAUUACCACCCUCAUCACUCCACAACGCAAAAGCAGGACACUGCUAUAUUUUCCCUUCAUGA